CAAUAGUGAAAUUUACGUUUAGUCAUGUCAUUUUGGUGGACUUGUCAACAAAAUUGGAUUAACGGAUACUCCAGUAAACACAACUUGUAAAUGUAUAUAGUGUUGUUAUUUGAUGAGCAACUAGCCAAAAUAAAGUUUUUUUUUAAAGAGAAGAAAACAUAAUUGUAUAAGAUAAUUAAGAAAACUAAAAAAAACAGGCCGCAUAAAUAUCUUCUCUGGUAUAUGUAUAUCCUGUAACUUUUCGAUUCAAUUAUUGUUCAAUCUUACAUCAUAAAUCUCGUUGCAUAAAAAAUAAUGAUAUUUUGGAAUUUUAUGUUAUUUUGCUGAGCCUAAAAAUUGAAGCAAUGAAAAGUUAUUAAAUCGCACCACAAGAGUAAAAAAUGGAAAAUGGAAAAGAAAAGAAAGAAAAGAAAAUCAAGAUAAAAAAAAAGAGAGGUGAAAGGUGUAGAAGAUGGUGGCGUGUAGUAACGAAGUCUCUGUCAAUUUUUUUGAUAAAUUAAUCAUGUACUGUGCUGACACUCCAAGAUUUGAAACAGCCUUAUCGAUAUAAUAUCCAUUUUUCUAUUGAAAAUAAAAAUGAAACUCUUCACUUUCCAAAUAACUAGUGUAUAUGUCUAAUAAUGUAUCCCUUACGAUAUUACUAUUGUUUCGAUUAGUCAUUGUAUGCAUGUACAUUAAAUUAUUAUGUAUCCCAAUUUCCACACACAUAAUGAUAAAAAGAAAAUUCAAGUUUGUAGACAAAAUUUUAAAAAUAAAAGAUACAAUCUGAAUCCUCUCUUUUAUUUUCAUCACUGACAGAGAAUACCACUGCACUUUUUCUCAUGCACGCACGCAUACUCAGAUAGAAACAAGAGCCCAUUCCUCGUUCCUUUAAUAAUUUAAUUAAAAGAAAUACGGACACUUCAUGAUUAAUUUUAUUUUUUAUUCGUUUAAUACAAAAAUCUCGAGUUUAUAAAAAAAUAUAUCGAUAAACUCAAAAAUAUGAUGUAAUAAUCUGCUUUGGCUUUGCUCUCUUUACUACAAGACAAGGCAGAGAAAACCACAGAUUCCUAUGAAAGAGUAGACGUACCUGUCUUUUUAUUAUUAUAAAUUAUAAUUAUCAUCUCUACGACUUUUUGGUUUGUAAUCUUUUAGAAUUAUUUACUUUCACUACCAAAAAAAAAGCUUCCCUCUAUUUCGCCGUUUUUGGUUUACCAAAUCCCAAUGUAUCAAAGAAAAAAAAAAGAAAAAAACAAAAAAAACAAAAAAAAAUAUCCAUCCACAUUAUAACCACGUCCCUUACUCAAGAACCAUCCAUUAUAUUAACAUAUUUAUCCUUUUCCUCAAAACAUUUGAGUCUCCUUAGGGUUUUUUCUCUCUCAGACAAAAGCUUUAGAUCUUUUCUCUUAAUGAACAUUCCAUAUUACCACUAUGACCACGGCGGAGACAGCCAAUAUCUUCCACCGGGUUUCAGGUUUCAUCCUACGGACGAAGAGCUCAUCACUCAUUACCUCCUCCGCAAGGUCCUCGACGGUUGCUUCUCAAGCCGUGCCAUCGCAGAGGUUGAUCUCAACAAGUGUGAGCCUUGGCAACUUCCCGGGAGAGCUAAGAUGGGAGAGAAAGAAUGGUACUUCUUUAGCCUCCGUGACCGGAAAUAUCCAACGGGGCUGAGAACAAACAGAGCAACUGAGGCUGGUUACUGGAAAGCUACAGGAAAAGACAGAGAGAUCUUUAGUUCCAAGACUUGUGCACUUGUUGGGAUGAAGAAGACUCUUGUCUUUUACAAAGGAAGAGCUCCUAAAGGAGAGAAGAGUAAUUGGGUUAUGCAUGAAUAUCGUCUUGAAGGCAAAUUCUCUUACCAUUUCAUCUCAAGAAGCUCCAAGGAUGAAUGGGUGAUCUCUAGGGUUUUCCAGAAAACCAGUUUAGCCAGUACCGGAGCCGCCGGAGGAGCUAGUGUUAGCGUAAGCAGCGGCACUGGUGCAUCUAAAAAGACGAAAGUACCCUCAACAAUCUCAAGAAACAACCAAGAACAACCAAGCUCUCCUUCCUCCGUCUCACUCCCACCUCUCCUGGAUCCCACCACCACCCUCGGCUACACCGACAGCAGUUGCUCCUACGACAGCCGUAGCACCAACACAACCGUCACAGCCAGCGCAAUAACUGAGCACGUGUCCUGUUUCUCCACUGUCCCUACUACUACUACGGCCUUAGGCUUAGACGUUAACUCAUUCAAUCAUCUUCCACCGCCGCCAGGGUUUGACUUUGACCCUCUUCCUCGCUUCAUCUCCAGAAACGUCUCGAGUCUAUCUAACUUCAGAUCAUUCCAAGAAAACUUCAAUCAGUUUCCUUACUUUGGAUCGUCUUCUACAUCGACAAUGACCUCCUCCGUUAAUCUGCCUUCUUUCCAAGGCGGUGGUGGCGUCUCCGGGAUCAAUUACUGGCUACCGGCGACUGCGGAAGAAAAUGAGUCAAAGGCCGGUGUGCUUCAUGCUGGACUUGACUGUAUUUGGAACUACUGAUCACAAAAGAGGUGAUUAAUAAUUGUGUUCCCGUUAGGGUUUUAUUUAUCUAUUUCUAGGAUGAUUAUGGUAUUAUGAAACCUGUAUCGAGGAGCUUAAUAUUUCACUUUCCACUUAGCUUGAUGUUCCGUUUAAUUCUCUAGUUUUACGUGUAACAGGUCGUAUUAAUUAGGAGUAUGCAAGGAAAAUGUUUUCUGAACUAUGUAACGUGCAUAUGUAUAAGCUAUAUAUAUGCUCGUUUUUGUAAUGUUUGACAUUAUUUUAAUUUCAUGGCUUUUACA